AUGGAGGGGAGGACGAGGAGGGUACGAACAGAGCCGCCGCCGCCGCCGCCGCCGAAGCAUGAGCAGCAGCAGCAGCAGAAGGAGCAGCGACGGGAGGGGAGGAGGAUCCCGGUGGUUUAUUACCUGUGCAGGAACAUGCAUCUGGAGCAUCCCCAUUUCAUCGAGGUUCCUUCUUCUCCGGAGGGCCUCUACCUGAGAGGUCAGAUUGCAGGCGGCUCUGCUGUCGGUGUUCUUCAGGGAGAUGAUGAGAGAUCUCUGAUUUCGUUCUGGUUCUUUGUGUAGAUGUGAUCAACAGGCUGAAUGCGCUGAGGGGAAAGGGCAUGGCCGCGAUGUAUUCCUGGUCUUGCAAGAGGUAAUCGCCGGAACAUAAUUCCCCUCGAUUUCUCCAUUAAUGUCGCUUGAAUUUCUGCCGGGGAUGAUUUCAGGAGCUACAAGAGCGGUUUCGUGUGGCAUGAUCUCUCGGAAGACGAUCUGAUUCUCCCCGCCCAAGGCAACGAGUACGUCCUCAAGGGUUCGGAGAUCUUGAAUGCAUCCCCUUCAGGUAAUUCUUCGGCCAGAGCUUCGGAUCACAGAUUGAUGUUCAUCAACACGACGAUACGAAACCUAGUUUCCCGUUCUUCCUCGGUGCUGUUCAGAUCGGCCGCAUCAAAACUCCAACUCCGGCUGGCCGAAGACCCCAAAGCAUCUGCAGCAAGGCUCUCCGACGCCGUCGAGCCAAGAUGGCUCGCCGACCUGCCCUGAAGUGGUUCUCAAAGAGGUGAAGCCUCCGCGGCGGAGGGCGCCGCCGCCGCCGCCGCCGACCCCGGCACCAGACGGCGGUGACCUUUCCCCCACACUGCGCCAACCGAGCUGUUCGAGGAACAUCUCGCCAGAGUCGCAGGGGAAUUCUCCGUGGGGCUGCGGCGGCGCCUCCCCUGGUCCGGCGGAGUUUCGCAUCGACAAGGACCUCGGAGCUUUGAAUGCGUCUACGCAGACCGACGACAGGGUCGCCGGAGCUCGGAAGGGACGGCCGGCGGCGCCUCCCACCCGCACCAGAGGCGUCUCCACUGAUGAGCCCUCCUUCGAGCUCAAGUUCGAUGGGAGCCGCCGGAUCCGGACUGUGAUUUCGAAAGAGAGCUCAGAGAUCAGCGCCGACGAGAUCUCCCCCCCUCCGACAUCCUCGAGCGCAUCGUCCUCCGGGGGGAAGACGGAGACCUUGGAAUCCCUAAUCAGAGCCGACGCGAGGAAAACGAGCAGCUUCAGGAUGGUGGAAGAAGAGGUCCCUCUGCAAGCCGCCGCCAAGCUGAAGGCCACAGACGUGCUGAUGCAGCUGAUCACCUGCGGGUCCAUCUCCGUCAAGGACAACUAUGGCAUCGGCAUCGUCUCCCCCUACAAACCCAGGAUCUCCCAGGUGAAGUUCCCGUCGCCGGUGUUCUCAAGCUCGAGGACGCUGGGGGAGCUCGAUUGCCUGUCGGAGAAUCCAAGAAUGGGGGCGGCGGUGAUGAGGAUGGAAGAGAAGGAGUACUUCAGCGGGAGCUUGAUCGAGACAAAGAGGCGCAAGGAAGGCGAAGAGAAAUUCGUGCCCACUCUCAAGCGCUCGUCCUCGUACAACGCAGAGAGGUACUCAUCUUUCCAUCCCCCUCCCUGCGCUGAAUCCUCUUCCUCUCUCUCUGCAACUCCAUUCCCGUCAUUCAGGAACUGCAAGUCACCCGAUCCGGCGGGGAACAAGGAGAAGCCGGCAGACUCGACCAUCUCAAGGUGCCUGCACAGAACGUCGAAGACCUCCGCCGCCAAGCAGACGAAGAACGAGACGACGACGAAGUCCCCUACAGCUCCCGACGGCCGGAGGAUCUCCUCAGCUGGGCCGGACUGCGUCUCCUCCAGGAGGACCAGCAAGAGAUUCACAGAGCCUUCUCCCACCGCCGAAUGCCCCUCCCCGAGGACGGAAUCCUUCCGGGAAGAGAAGGAGAAGAUCAUCAAGAUCGAAGAAAGUUGA